AUGAUAAUCAGUGGCAUACGAUUAGAGUGCUUACAAUCAGUUCUGGAGCAAGCUGCAGAUUUAACAAAAAAAGAUUUUUUACAGGAUCCUGCCAGAAGAGUUGAAGAUGCGCUUACCUGCAUUGGAUGGCCGCUUAUACAGGUCGGCCUGUCAACGAUCGUGGCAGUUUUGCCACCACUUUUGAAACCAUCUUAUAUGGUGCUGGUCUUCUUUAAAACAGUUAUCGUUGUCUGCUCAUUGGGCAUGUUCCAUGGUCUCGUCGUUAUGCCAGCCAUUCUGACUGCAGUCGUCAGACGCAAAGAUGACAGUUGGUAACU